AAGCCAGUGCCAGUUGCUCGCGUGUUGCCGGUAAGGAAGCAUAUACGCUGCCGUCUCCUCAGUCGCGUUUCCAUCGUUGGCGUUCUGUUCUCUCUCGGGCGACGUUACCAGGAAUAACUACAACUCCUCCAUUUCUGAUGCUAGUUUGUUGUCUGACGAGUUAUGGAACUCCUUAGCACUGAAUAAGCCUGAACAAUAAAUAACUUUUUUAUGAAUAGAUCCAAUAUGUUAGUUUAAUGUUUUCACUGUGAUUGAAGAAGAAAGGUUUGGUACAAAAUAAAAACCAUUCAAGAUGUGGAGCUUUGUGAUACUACUCGAGGCCAUAGUAGCAACAGCACUGGCUAGCGAAGUUGAAACUCAUGACGUCGAAGAAAAUUUACCAAACUUCACGGCAACGCCACAAGAUUUCACUGUAGAGGUCGAUGGAGAGAUAACGUUUCCGUGCGACGUAGAAAAUCUAGGGACCGACGCCUUAAUGUUCCGACACAUCGGAUCAGACGGAGAAACAAAACUGAUCUUCGUUGCUGAAAGAAUACUGAGAGAAAAGGACAAAUUCACCAAGAUCGGAAACUCCUUCGUGCUGAGUGGAGUGAAGAGGCGCCACGCCGGAAAAUACGAGUGCAGAAUCGAAAUGGAGACGGGGCCAGUCAUCCAGGUCAUGCAUACCCUCAACGUCCAGUACCCGGCAUCGGUAAAGCGAAUAAGCCCAGUCGUGCAAAACGUCGCCAAGGGGUCGAGCGUGACCCUCGAGUGCGCUGCUGACGGAAACCCGAAGGCGGCAAUCAACUGGAGUAAACGAAAAGGACACUUGCCCUCAGGAGCUCAAUCUGAAGAGGGCUUCAGUCUGACGCUGGAAAAUGUGGACCGCCACGUGGAAGGAACCUACAUCUGCACAGCCUCCAAUGGAGUAGGACCUCCAUCAUCGACGUCUAUGUCCAUCGAAGUAGAAUAUCCUCCGGAAAUCGUUACUGAGGAGACCAUGUUGCACACGGGAGAGGGCAACAAAGCGAACCUCAUCUGCAUCGUCCACGGUCGACCGUCGCCAACCGUUACCUGGAUGAAAGACGGGAAGCGAAUGACCACCGACGACUUCCUGCAGGACCGGGACGGGUUCCACAAACACACCCUCACCAUCGAAAAGGUAGAGGAGUCGCAUUUCGGCGAGUACACCUGUAUAGCGCAGAAUCGUCACGGGGAGAUACAACAGACACUCAUGCUCACAGGUCUACCUAAGCCUCCCCGAGUGACGAGCAGUCCAGCAGGUGGGGAGAGAACUGCCUACACCAUCACUUGGGAGACUGAAAGUAACUCUCCUAUCACGCAGUAUCGGCUGAAAUACAGGAAAGCUGAGGGGCCCAUGAAUUUCCACGUCCACGGAGGAUGGGACGACCGCCUCUACCCUCCGCGCACUUUGGAAGGAGCAGACUACAUGGGACCCAUCCACCACAUGAGCCACCCACUCAACGAACUCGAACCUGCUACAGACUACGAAGCAAUCGUGUCGGUAGAAAACAAAUUCGGUUGGUCCAACGGCUCUGAGAUCUUCCACUUUUAUACAAGGAAAGAAGACCCCACCACCACCACCACCACUACUACCACCACCACCCUGGCUCCGGAGCCUGAAAACAUCGCUCCCCUACUUGAAGAAGUGGCUGUUGGGCAGUCGGCUAGUGGGGUUUAUCGCCAAGUGCUGUGUGACUCCUUGCUGAUAGUAAUGUUGACGGUACUGUGUGCCUUUGCUUACUAGAAGAAUACAAAGUAUUGCUCUGCCAGAUGGAGACAAAGUGAUCAUCAAAAUUCCUCUAUUAGAAAUGAAUAGAAGUUCAUCGCUGAAACACCGGAGCUGUGUUUUGCAAUGGACUAUGAUAAACGAUAUCCCAUAUCGAUUUAGAUACUUGUUCAUAUAUAUCUAAAAGAUAAAAAAAAUCAAAUAGAUAAACACUUGAGCGACGUUACUAAAAACUGCAAUAAAAGAAAAAAAAUAUAAAAAACUGACUCUCUAUAUGAAAAUAUGUAGGUCUACAUACCAUAGUAGAUAUAAUUAGUUUUAGUCAUUCCUGCCAAUGAAAGCUGUUACAUUCACCAAAGAAGGAUAAAGAAAUAGAAAAGGUAUAUGUUAGUCGAAGUACAGAAAUGAAACAGAUAUAUUAAUAUAAACAAGAUAUAUACACUACGCCAUCAGGACCUGGAAAACAAGUGAUAUAUAUAUAUAUAUAUAUAUAUAUAUAUAUAUAUAUAUAUAUAUAUAUAUAUAUAUAUAUA